UUAUUAACUCUCGGUGACGAAGUGCAUUCAAUGUUGCUUUACUCUCUUAUUAUCCAGUUCUAGUUCUCUCGCGAUUCCCUUUCACUUUCGUAGUUCUAAAGAAAUGGCGAAGGGAAACGACAACCGAAACGACGUCGUUUGUUCUCAGUCACUUACGGAGGAAACAACCAACACUCAAAGGCGGCGAUUGGUCGCCGGAACCCUAAAAUACACACCGCUGGAGCUUCCAACUCUUCCUGUUGAUCUCCUUCCUGAGAUUCUUUGUAGGCUUCCGGUGAAAUUACUUAUACAGCUUCGAUACGUUUGUAAGUUAUUCAAUUCUUUAAUUUCUGAUCCUAAAUUCGUAAAGAAACACCUUCGUAUGGCAACCAAACGCCACCACCUCAUGCUAACAAAUGUUGAUGAGUUUGUUACGUAUGAUUCCCCAAUCCCUUCACCUUUUUCUACUUCUACCAUUGUUACACAAACACAACUUUACCUUCCUACUAGUACUCUCACAAACGGACAUCUCUGGAUGGGCCUGCUGUGCUCUUGCGACGGCGUGUUUUGUGGUCAGCUCAAUGAUGAUUCUUAUUUCUUGUGGAACCCUUCCGUUAGAAAGUUUAAGUUAUUGCCUCCUUUGGAAAGUCACAAUUUUAUCAGAACACUAAGCUUUGGAUAUGAUCACUUCGUUGAUAAUUAUAAGGUCAUUAUUGUUUCUGACGAAAAUGAAGUUAGGGUUAAUACUUUGGGGACUGAUUAUUGGACAAGAAUACAGGACAUUCCAUAUUCUGACCCCAUUUGUUUUGGAGAUGGAGUAUUUGUUAGUGGCACUCUUAAUUGGUUUGCAUACGAAGUCAUUAUUUCUCUUCAUUUAGAGAACGAGUCGUAUCAAAAACUUUGCCCACCUGACUUCGGGGAUGAAAAUAAUCCGUGGGACUUUGGUGUGUUGAGGGAUUGCUUGUGUGUCUUUGCAACUAGUGAUGAAUAUUUGGAUGUUUGGAUUAUGAAGGAGUAUGGAAAUCAAGAGUCUUGGACUAAAUUGUACACUAUUCCUAACCUGCAAGAUCAGAAUUUGAAAGCCAGUAGAGCUUUAUAUAUUUCAGAGGAUGACCAACUGUUGGUGGAGUGUUGUGAAAUUGAGGGUGAAACUGGCUAUAUCAAGUUGGUUGUUUAUGAUUCCAAAACUGGCACAUUGAAUAUUCCUGAGUUUCAAAACAAAUAUGACCUGAUAUACUCAAAUGUCUACAUUGAGAGUUUGAUAUCACCUUAAGCUGGGAUUCAACUGCAACAUAUAUAUGGUUGGCUGUGUUUGUUUGUUUCAAUGGAAGGGUUAUUCAAAAUCAGAAUUGCUUGGGUUCUUUUUGUGGUCUGGAGCUUUGCUAAAGAUGGGAUUGAAAAGGGUAAUAGUUAUAGGGUUAUUUAACUUCUUAAGUUCUGUUUGAUUAUUUCUUCUGGAAUCAAAUUAGACGGUAAAAAACCUAUAUGUUUGGAAUAGAUAGGAUAAACCUGUCUCUGACUUUAUUAUUGUCUGUUGUUUGCCUUGAUAGAACAUGGAUAGGUUGUGUGAUUUUGAAGCGUAGUGAAAUGGAUAAUUGAGGGAUUCUUUAAUUGCAAAAUGCAUUUGGAUGUUGUAUUUUC